AUGUCUAAAUCGCCUGAAAGACUUUCUUCGUCACCGAUCGAUCCCAACAACAGUAGCCAGUGUUCGAUCUGUUUGGGGUCAAUCGACCUGCAAUUGCGGUCCGUAAUUUCCGUCUGCUUCCACGAAUUUUGUUUCAUCUGUAUCAAAGAGUGGUCCAAGACGAACGCAGUCUGCCCGCUGUGUAAGCAAUCAUUCACUAAGAUCUUUCAUAACAUCAGGUCAGAUGAAGACUAUGAUGUGUAUAAUGUGGUUGUUGUUGGCAGGAGAACUGCCUCUUCCUUUUCCCCAGCCUUGCAUUCUCACCGUGGCGAGACUCAUUACCGUUACUUUCCUCACAAUAGGCUUUCCUAUUCUCCACCUGGAUUACAAAAUGUACGUUGGAGAUAUUUUGGCCUGUCACCAUCAAAUGGAGUAACAUCAAUCUCUAGAAGAAAUCUCUACUUGCAAAACCUCUGGACAAAGAAAAUGAUUUCAAACUGUACUCAAGCGGAAAAAUUUUGCCAAACUGGGGCCAACUUCUAUAGAAAAUAUCCGGCUUGUUGUCACAGACUGGCACCAUGGUUGAACAGAGAACUAAAUGGUCUUUUUAGUUAUGGGAGCUCAAAUGUGAACGUCAGUGAUCUAAUGCAGAAGAUUUUGGACCUCAUAAAAGUCCACGAUAUUACCAGUGCAGAAUUUUAUAAUGAAAUGGAACCAAUUUUCCAAGAGAAUACACGACACUUCAUUUAUGAGUUUUUCUCAUUCGCACGAACUCCAUACGAUAUGGAGACAUAUGACAGUAACAUUAAAUAUUCACCGAAUGCCGAUACCAGAGUUUAUAAUAUGAUAAUUAGUGGUAAUAAUAAUAAUCCUAUUGUUGUUAGUGAUGAUGGAAACAGUGUUCCUCGUGUGAUUCCUCCUCCUCCAACUUCAUCACCCAUUGCCUCAACCAGCUUCCAAAACGACAUGCGACCACCUAUUAGUAGAAAUAGAAUCAGUGGUAGAAAUAGUGGCAGGAGCAACUUCAAAGUGGCAUUCAGUGGUAAACUGGUGUUUCAAAAUAGUUCUGCGGCCAGUAGUGACGUCGAAGUGAUCUCUCCUCCAACUGCUACCAUCACCAUUACUGCUACUGCUUCUAACAGUGGUAAUAAAAGCAGUAAUAAUAAAAAAAAUAAUAAAAGUAAUAAUAAAAACAAUAAUAAUAAUAAUUAUGACGUUGUUGAUGGUGAGGAUGAUGAGGAGGAAGUAGAGAUAGUUGGAAUGGAGAAGCCAUGGUCAUCUAGAUCUCCGGUUACCAUAUUGGAUGAUGACGACGAUGAUGACCAUAAAAAUGGCAACAGCAGUAAAAGCAACAGCAGCAGAAGUAAAAACAACCAUCAAACUAAUACUAGUAGUAAAGGUCCAGGAUCGAAACAAACGACCCUAGAAAAUAAUUUUCUUGAUGGUUAUGAUUGCAGUGAUGAUGACGACGACGACGAUUGUGAUGAUGGCUUCAUUGAAUUUUUAAAAGUAGUAAAGCCCGUAGCAGUAGUAGCACCAAACCAAAAAAAUAUCAGCAAGAAAAUGGAGUUGCUAUGUUCAGAUUCAACUGACCAGUCAGACUCCGACAAAUAUGAUCAUUGUGAUGAUCUUCCAUCACCAUCAUCAUCGUCGUUAUUAUUGUCUUCUUCCCCAUCAAAAACGUCUACUGACAACACACUGUCAGCCUCCUCAUCAACCUCUCCAAAAAUUAUGUCUACUUUGACAUCAUCUUCGUCAUCAUCAAAGAAGUUACAGCCUUCAACGUCAUCAUCUUCUUUUUCGUCAUCACAUGACGUUGAUGAAGACGAUGACGAUGAUGAUGUCGUUGAAACACUGUAUGAAGAGAAAAAUGGUAAAAGAAAAUUGAAAUCUGAAGUCGGGUUCCACAAUCUGAAUAGCUUGUUUAAAAAACAUUGUACUGGUCACAAGAACAGUAAGAAAAGCGGUUGA